GGAUUAAGAUUGAAGGGAUAACUUGAACCGCAUGAUAGAAUGAAAGAAGAAGAAUGAACCAAUCCAGUGGUAUCAGUAUCAUCAUGGCUUCUCCGGUAGUUCCUCUUCCUUCAUCCCUUCUUCCCAACUCAUUCGUCAACCUCAAGGAGAAGAACAACGCCAUCAGUACCAGCAUUCGUUCUCGCUUAAGCAACCUCUGCCAACAAGGCCAACCUCACCUCGCUCGCCACCUCCUCGACACUCUCCCUCGCCCUUCCACCGCCGUCUGGAACACCGUCAUCAUCGGCUUCAUCUGUAACCACAUGCCCCUCGACGCUCUCCUCCUCUAUGCCCACAUGAGAACCGCCACUCCCUCCACCCACUUCGAUUCCUACACCUUCUCUUCCACUCUCAAAGCCUGUGCCCUCACCGGCGACCUCAUGGCCGGUAAAGCUCUCCACUCCCACUUCCUCCGCUCCCAAUCCAACUCCCUCCCUGCUCCCAGCAGAGUCGUCUACAAUUCCCUCCUCAACAUGUACUCCUCCUGCCUUCCCAUCUCCGCUACUCUUCCCCAACAAGACUAUGUCCUCAAAGUCUUCCGCCUCAUGCGAAAGCGAAACGUCGUCGCUUGGAACACCUUGAUUUCAUGGUAUGUCAAGACCCACCGCCACUUCCAAGCACUUCACGCUUUCACUACGUUUGUCAAGCUCUCUGUUACUCCAACUCCUGUUACUUUUGUUAAUCUCUUCCCUGCUGUCUCCAAAUUCGGUGAUCCUAGAAUUGCUCACUUGUUUUAUGGAUUUCUUCUUAAAUUUGGUCAUGAGUAUGUCAAUGAUGUCUUUGUUGUCAGCUCGGCAAUACUUAUGUUUGCUGAUCUCGGUUGUCUCGAUUAUGCGCGCAAGGUGUUUGAUCAAUGUCCCUGCAAAAACACAGAGGUCUGGAACACCAUGAUUGCUGCCUAUGUUCAGAAUAAUCUUCCUGUUCAAGCAAUUGAUGUUUUCAUUAGAGCCUUGGAGUCCGAGGAAGCCGUGUGCGAUGAUGUAACUUUUCUCUCGGUUAUUACUGCCGUCUCACAGCUUCAGGAAGUCCAUUUGGCUGAGCAGCUGCAUGGGUUUAUUCUGAAAAGCUUGCCUCUUUUGCCAGUUAUUAUUGUCAAUGCUGUAAUUGCGAUGUACUCGAGGUGCAAUUCUAUUGAUACAGCGUUUAAGGUUUUUGAGAAGAUGUCUGAAAGGGAUGCUGUUUCGUGGAAUACCAUAAUCACUGCAUUCGUGCAGAAUGGUUUGGAUGAGGAAGCACUUUUGCUUGUGUGUGAGAUGCAGAAGCAAAUGUUCAUAAUUGAUUCUAUCACUGUCACUGCCCUCCUUUCUGCAGCUUCUAAUCUCAGGAACUCGUAUGUUGGAAGGCAAACUCAUGCUUUUCUAAUCCGUCAUGGGAUACAAUCUGAGGGAAUGGAGAGUUAUUUGAUUGAUAUGUAUGCAAAAUCUGGCUUGAUCAGGACUUCUGAAAUGUUAUUUGAGCAGAACUGCCCGAGUGAUAGAGAUCAGGCCUCGUGGAAUGCUAUGAUCGCAGGUUAUACUCAGAACGGGCUCAAUGAGAAAGCCAUUCUCACUCUCAGGGAGGCAUUGUUGCACAAGGUAAUACCUAAUGCAGUGACCUUAUCAUCAAUUCUCCCUGCUUGUAGUUCAACGGGGAGCAUAGCAUUUGCUACCCAACUUCAUGGAUUCUCCAUACGCCAUUUCAUGGACCAAAAUGUGUAUGCGGGAACUGCUUUAGUUGACACAUAUUCUAAAUCAGGUGCGAUCAGUUAUGCGGAAAACGUAUUUAACAGAAUGCCUGAGAAGAAUUCGGUCACAUACACCACAAUGAUGAUGAGUUAUGGCCAGCAUGGGAUGGGUAGGAGAGCUCUUACCUUGUAUGAUUCUAUGCUGAGAUCUGGCAUCAAGCCUGAUGCAGUAGCUUUUGUUGCCAUCUUAUCUGCUUGUAGUUAUGCUGGUUUGGUUGAUGAAGGUCUUGAAAUAUUUGAGUCCAUGGUGAAAAUACAUAAGAUUAAGCCCUCAACUGAACAUUAUUGUUGUGUUGCAGACAUGUUAGGAAGGGUUGGGAGGGUUGUUGAAGCCUAUGAGUUUGUCAAGCAAUUGGGUGAGGAUGGUAAUGUAAUGGAAAUCUGGGGAUCUAUUCUUGGGGCUUGCAAAAAUCAUGGGUACUUUGAGUUGGGAAAAGUUGUUGCUGAAAAGUUGCUUAGUAUGGAGACAGAGAAAAGAGUGGCAGGAUAUCAUGUUUUACUCUCAAAUAUCUACGCAGAGGAAGGAGAGUGGGAAAAUGUUGAUAGAGUGAGAAAUCAGAUUACGGAAAAAGGCUUGCAUAAGGAAAUGGGAUGUAGUUUGGUUGAGAUUGGUGGGCUUGUGAACUACUUUGUAUCUAGAGAUGAGAAGCACCCUCAAAGUGGCGAGAUAUAUGAUAUCUUGGACAAGUUGACGAUGGACAUCAAGGAUGCUGGGUAUAAGACCCGUUACAAUUCAAGUUUAAAUGAGAUUGUGGAAACUGUUGAAUGAAUUGAAUAAUUCAUAACAGGUUUUAUCAAAAUGAGCUGUUGAUUGCUUUAUGUGGGCAGUUGCAAACAAUUGAGUAAAGUUAGUUGUUAAAAUAGUCACAGGAUUGAUUAUUACUGAUAAUAGUUUCAUCAUGGCCGGCGUGAGCUUAUCCGGUGUACAUGUCUAGAAAUGCUGGUUUGAAACUCUUAUUAGGCUGGCCAUUCAUUUGAAACAUUUUGUCAUUGAUGAAGAAAACAACCGCUUCAUGAACAGUAUGAUGUCCAAUCGGUAACUCAAGUUUGUUCUUACUUUUAACUCCUGACUCGGGAAAAGCUGUGAUGAUUACUUUAUGUCAAGCAUUUAGGUGAAAGGAAAGGCCUUGGAGGGAUCUUUUUUAAUGAUCUGAAUGCCAAUGGUGAGGAGAUGCUCCUUUCCUUUCCUGCCAGCGUUUGCUAUAUACAUUGAUGGGGGCGCUAUGUCAAAUUCAAUUUGGUAUUGAACCUAGCUCUAAUUUUAGAGCAAGGAGCAAGCGAGAAUCUCAGAGACACCUUGAUUCUGUUUCCAUGGUGCCCCUUACAAGGAUGCAAUUGUUUUUCUUGAUAUCAGCUGGCUUUUUUACUCACUUAUUAUACCUAGAUGAUCUACUUGAGAAAUCAACAUUCUAUAUGGUAUCAGAGCGAGUUUCUCUUCCGCACUCUCUCUCUUCUUCGUUCCCAUAUUGAUCUUGAGAUCGAUUGGAAUCGACUUUCCCUGUUCUCUCUGAUUCAGUCGCUGCUUCCUCUUCAUCAAUGGAGGAUUUUUCCGAUCCCUACUAUCUGCAUCACUCUGAUGGCCCUGGUUUGGUCUUGGUCUCGCAGCCAUUGACGGGAUCCAACUACAAUACCUGGAGUCGAUCGAUGCUUGUUGCUCUCUCGGUGAAGAACAAGAUCCCCUUCAUCGAUGGUUCGCUACCGUGUCCCGAAGCUUUUGAUUCGCACUAUCGCGCAUGGAAUCGCAGCUACAACGUUGUGAUUUCUUGGAUUUUCAAUUCCGUGUCCAAAGAAAUUGUGGCAAGCAUCAUGUACUCUGGCACCGCCAUGGAAAUCUGGAACGAUCUGCGUGAGCGCUUUGCACAGAAGAAUGGACCUCGCGUCUUCUAGCUUCGUCGUGAAUUGAUGAGUCUUCAUCAAAGAUCCGAUUCUGUGAGUGUUUACUACACCAAAUUGAAGACAAUUUGGGAUGAAUUGCUCACAUACAAGCCUGUUGUGAAUUGUGUUUGUGGAGCAAUUCAACCGCUUCUUGUUCAUUCUGAAACAGAGCAUGUUAUGUCUUUCUUGAUGGGAUUGAAUGAUUCUUUCUCUCAAGUCCGUGGUUCUCUCCUGCUCAUGGAUCCUAUCCCACCGAUCAACAAGGUUUUCUCCCUUGUAAUCCAAGAGGAGAAGCAGCGAGAGGUCAGCACUGGUAAUGGUAGUUCAGAUCAUUCAUCUCAACCCUUUGCUGCACAAGCUAGCUCCCAGGGAGGCUCUCGUUCUUCCGACUCUGCUGACAAGACAAAGAACUCCAAGAAAGAUCGCCCAAUUUGUUCUCAUUAUGGCAUUCCUGGCCACACUGCUGCAAAGUGUUUCAAACUCCAUGGUUAUCCACCAGGAAUGAAACCAAAAUCCAAGCCUCGCACCACUGCGGUUGCUGGUCAAGCCUCUGGCAAUCACCAGCACACACAUGAAGGCCAGAAUGCUAUCACAACUCUGUCUCCCGAUCAAUGUACUCAAUUGAUUCAAUUGCUCACAACUCAACUCACAACUUCUCAGGCCUCGGAUGAUGCUCCUGAAUCUUCUGGAUAAAACUCAGGACAGCCUCACUUUGAGGAUGAUUGGGAAGGCUAAUCCGCAAUCUGGCUUGUAUUACCUAGAUUCUAGGACAAUGGCUAAGUCAUGUACUUUGAACUCUGUUUCUUCUUUUACUUCUGCUGUAACUAGUCCAGAAACUAGUUCUGUCUUUUCUACUUUUACACCUUGUCCUAAGGUAGCCAAAUGUCUAUGGCACUAUAGAUUAGGACAUUUAUCUUUUCAGUAUCAAGCUUUGUUACCUACAAAUUGUAAGAUACCUGUUUCUCUUUCACAUGAAAUAAAAACUUGUCCUAUUUGUCCA